AUGGACUCUAGACUCCAGCCCGUCGGCGAGCAAAGCGUCAUGUUUUCAGAUCCAUUCGAUAGCCAAUCCAUGGGUUCACCACUCAAAAAAUCCACCACAAAUACCUCCUCUCACUUAGAUUCUCCUUUCGAUGACUACGAACAAGAUUGGAAGACCGUUACCCACGAACGAGACAGCUGGGCAACUCGAGAAAGACGACGCUCCACUCCUUUCGCAAACAUCAGUAAUGCUGCUUUCAUGGGCAGCCAUCACGAAGCAAAACAUGGCCGUAGCGGCAGUUCAACUCAGCCACGAAAGGGAUCUAUUCUUAGCGUGUGGUCUGACCCUAAUGGCGACGAAGAACCCGAUGAUUUAUUAGUGAGAGUAUCGAGCAGGAAGUCGGAGGACCCUAGGAGUGGGAGAAGGGGAAGUGUUCUGAGAGGUAUCAACGUCGACAGGAAGGAGUAUUUAUUUGGAUUGUUGUACAUGGCGACAUAUGAUACAUGGGCAGGUCCCGUUGUUUGGGGCAUUGGGACGAUGAUGAGUCACGAGUUUUAUAUCUACAAGUUGUAUUAUUAG